UUUAAUUAAUUUUUUAAAUACAUGUUGUAUUCUAUGGACUUGAACGUGUCGGCAAGUCAAGUCCCCACUUACGGUCCUGAAGCGGAGAGUAUGCACAAAUUGAUGAGUUCACCACCAUUGCGACGCUCCCAACGAUUGCUGGAUAAAACGGAAGCGGUAGUAGCUGCGAAGUCAAUAGAAAACAGGGAGCAUCGUGAGAUCCGGAAGACAAAAUCACCACAAUUAUUUACUGAGACGGAUGAGGAAUGCAGUCAACUGCCACCUAAUCGACCCACUGGCUAUUCUCUAAAAGGCGUUUUAAGCCUUGCGCUGAGUCAGGAGCAACAACCAACAGCACUUAGCCAAGUUCAAAACCAUGUUGCCAAUAAUAACGGCUCCAUUGAGUUAUUGAAAAAAAAGCCGGCCGCCGCGAAACGCAGCCGUAAUCCUAAUCCAUCCAAAGCUCGAUCGCAAACUAAUUGUGCUCCCAAGAAAACCACAAAUCAAAAAAGAGGCAAUUCUCGCAAGCUAAAGGAAACGGUUACAGCGUCACUGCCGGGUCCAACUACAACUGCUGCUCAGCCGAUAUCAGGUCAAGCCUCGUCUUCACUCUUUUCUAUUUCUGGUCAGCCGACACAGAUAGCGGAAGCAAUUCUUUCAGCGCCGUCAUCUCUGCUACAGUACAGAACGCCGAUUGUAAAUCGCAAUACCGCAGCCCCUUAUAAUAGACACGCGUUUAGCGCGGCCUUGGGAGCAGCUGUGACAUCCACACAGUCACUGCUCCCCGCUCAAUACCCAGAACAUUUCGUCCACCAGAUUCCGCCAUUGCAACAGGCACAGGAACAAUCGCCUAAUGCAACCACCUAUCUGACUGAUAUCAAAGCCGAACUACAGCGCGUGGCCUUUCAAAGAGCCAUUAAUGGUGUUGGCCCACCUAUACAAAAGCUAAUUUCCGAAAUAGAUCAGGGAACAAGCCGUGAAACAACUGCUAUUGCCGCUAAACUGUGUCAUAUAUGCCCCUCACAGGAUACGACACCGCUUGCACUCACUGCCACCUAUGGCGAGAUCUAUGGUCAAUCGUCAGAUCUGCGUCCUAGAUCUCCACAAACAUCAACGUCCACUUCACCAUCUCUGAGUGAAUCACUGGCCGAAAUAUUCGGUACUACAAAAAUACGCAACGCGCUACAAAUCGCAAACACGCGCAAAUAUCGACUGCAGGAUGAGCAUCUGCCCGCCAUAGCCGUUAUGCUUAAUGUGGAUCUUAACAGAUUGCGUGCCGUGCUCGACAUUACCGAACAACUUACAUAUGAUCAACUUCAAGAAAUGUGCCUCACAUACAAGUACAAAUCGACACCAGAUGAUGAAAUAGACGACGAAGAAAUGCCAACUGUGCCAUACAAAAAAUGAAUGGAUUGAGAAUAGUUGAAAGCUUGAGCAUAUGUUUUUAACCGUGUCUAAAUUUGUUUUUAAAGUUUUCCUAAUAUUAAAACCAACGAUCCAAAUUUUCCAUAUAAAAAUAAUAAAUUCGGGAACAGUUUGACGAACAAUUAGAUUCUCUACCCAAAUUCAGUGAAAUCUUAUUUAAAACAUCCUUAACAGCAGCAACAACAGCUGAGGCAACAAAGCUUGGGCAGAUAUUAAUAUUGUGGCUA